ACCAAGUUCACAGUGAGGAUAUGAGAGGAUAUGAGGGCAGAGAAAGACGUGGAAUGCGACACGACAGAGGUGGAGUCGUGGUGACAUGGAGGACGGUCUGCUGAGCAUCCCUCGACCCAGCUUCGACCUGCAGUGGAGGAGCAGGUACAGAGAGUGCUGUCCUCAGAUGUCACCUAGAAAGUGAGUAGCCAGUGGACGGGUGGAUCGGCCCGUCGAGCUGCCCAGCGGCGGACAUAUCUGUCCUUCGGAGCGAGAUGUGUCCUCAGUGGACAACAACACCUCUUCUUCUGGAUAAACGUCACAGCAUCCACAGAAAAAGUUGCCGCUUCCCGGACGCAGCGCAAACAAACCUCUCGAUUACGGCAGCACCUGAAGGCAGCACUGGAUCCCGACACGCAGUGGAGCGUUUGAGCGCAGGUCCAACACAUGGCUCAGUGAGUGGGCCGGUGGCACACAUGCCUCUCUGGGCGCUCUGCCUGCUGGUCGCCCUGUCCGGUGUCCUGGAUGCGCGCUCCUGCUCGUCUUUUACCUGUCCGGCCAUCUGCCGCUGCAGCGCGCACACUCUCCAGUGCAGCAGAGAGUCGCAGCUGGCCUCCCGGCCGGACAACGUGUCCGUGUCCACACUAUGGCUCCCUCAUCUGCCCUUGACAGCAGUCCCCACUCAUGCCUUCAAGGAGCUGAUCAACAUCACCCUCAUUGAGAUUUCCAUGAGCGACAGCAUCACACGGAUACAGAGACAAGCCUUCCUCUCCCUCCACAGCCUGGAGCAAAUUUCAGUGCAGAACAUCAACAGUUUGAGGGUCAUUGAAAAAGCGGCCUUCACCGACCUGCCCAGACUGAAAUAUUUGAGGAUCUCUAACACGGGACUGUUGAGCUUCCCAGACUUUACAAAUGUCAAUUCCUUGAUGCCAAAUAUGAUUAUAGAAGUGAUGGACAACGUAAGGAUCGUUUCCAUUCCUGCCAAUUCUUUCCAGGGUAUCACAGAGGAGUAUGUCGACAUGACCCUGGUUGGAAACAGCAUCAAGGAAAUAAAAGCUCAUGCGUUCAAUGGAACCAAGCUCAACAAAUUAGUUUUGAAAGAUAACGGUCAUCUCAGUGACAUUCAUGAAGAUGCCUUUGAAGGAGCCAUAGGACCGACUUCACUGGAUGUUUCCUCUACAGCUCUGAGAUCCCUCCCAUCUAAAGGGUUGAAGCAGGUGAGGUUCCUGAAAGCCACCUCCGCCUUUGCACUGAAGACUCUCCCUCCACUGGAAAGCCUGACUGAACUGAUGGACGCUGAGCUCACGUACUCCAGCCACUGCUGUGCCUUCCACAGUUGGCGUCAGAAAGAACGGGAAAGGGCCUUAGAGAACUUACCAACGUUUUGUGAUUUCUUCGAUCCUGAAUUACAGCCCUCUACAGAUGGCGUGGAUUUUAUUGAUGACUUUGAAUAUGAGUAUCCUGAUCUGGAGUUGUAUUGUCUCACUGUCAAAGACCCCUUCAUCAAGUGCACCCCGAGGCCUGAUGCCUUUAACCCCUGCGAGGACCUGCUGGGCUUCCCCUUCCUACGCGCUCUCACCUGGAUAAUUGUGGUUUUCGCUGUGACAGGUAACCUGGCUGUAAUGGUUAUUCUGCUUAUUAGCUACCAUAAGCUAACCAUCUCCAGGUUUCUCAUGUGUAACCUGGCGUUCGCUGACAUGUGCAUGGGGCUCUACCUGAUGCUCAUUGCCUUCAUGGAUCAGUACUCCCGUCACGAGUACUACAACCACGCUACGGACUGGCAGACGGGGCCGCUUUCAUUAUAGUCUGUUACUGUUACAUAUGCAUAUAUCUGAGCGUUCGCAAACCAGAGCAUUCGUCAACUCGUCACGGAGACACCAAGAUCGCCAAACGCAUGGCUGUGCUCAUUUUCACUGACUUCAUAUGCACAGCGCCAAUCUCCUUCUUCGCCAUUUCUGCUGCCAGGCCAGCGUCGACUUCUACAGGUCACAGACUCUGUCCUCAAACCUCACCUGUACCCAAAGACGCCCACCAGAAAACCUCACUCACUUGGCUUCUAUACCGAUCACAUCAGAAGUGUGAUCAAAUGCAAGUCAUUGUUUUAGCUCAUCAAAGAUGAGUUUAAGUGCAAUCAACUGGCACUGGAUUAGGGCCAAAAUGCAUUUCUGAUCUUUUGCUUUGCUAUGAACCCCCCAGACCGCUCAGAUCGUCCAUGACUGGUCUGCUUUCUGUCCCCUAAACAUGGAGAGGCAGUGUUGAGUUUUUAUGCUCCACAUAUCUGCCGCUGCCUUUCGGUAAAUAUUAUCUAUGCAUUUCUUAUACUGCACUGUAACCUUUAUCACCUGUCUUAUUCUACUUUAACAUGUUUUGAUUUUCUCUUUUUAAUCAUUGUAUUUUAAUGUGAUUUUAUCUGUUUUUUCCCAAUGCUUUUAAUCUUUUGUGUAAAGCACUUUGAAUUGCCUUGUUGUUGAAAUGUGCUAUACAAAUAAACGUGCCUUGCCUUACUGGAUUGUGUUACUCAGGAGACUCGAGAGACUGCAGACAUGUCGGAGAACUCAGAGGAACUCAGUCAAAACUGGAGCCUGUUACUGCUGUUUAAAAUGUCCUGGAUUUUCACAAUAAGACAUUUGAUUAACAAUAAAACUGUGUUCAAUUGUGUUAA